CGCGGCUGGCGACUGCGACGGUAUAUGCUAACUUCUAAUUAUAAAAUUUACAUAGCAAUGUAUAAUGCAGGCUGGUUAUGUUAAAAAAGUUUUGGAUAUGUUUUUAUGAGAACAGACCUGAAAGACGCUAUAAAAACUCGAUUCAUCAUUCGGAGCGUAGAUGGAUAGUUAGAUUAAUCAAAUAAAUAAAGCAUGGCAGUUCAAAACAAAGUUUUAUACGCGUUCCGAGGUUGGAUAGCGUUUGUUGCUUUCAUGGAUUUAGGAACUGCCGGACGUUCAUACAUUGAAAGGCGGUCUUUUCUGAGCAAUAAUGCUGAGGAACACUUAGACGGUGAUUUUACAAUAUCAAGAAUGCUCGGAAUGUAUUCCGUGUUGAAAGCGCUGGCUUUAAUACAUUGCACGCUGUACAUACACUAUAGGCCAGUUGUUUCAAUGGGAUAUUGGUCUCUCAUACUAACAAUAAUACUGUAUUUGACUGAGGCAUUCUAUUUUCAUUCGACCACGCUCAACUUUUAUGUGGUUUUCCCAUGCAUCUUGAACAUGUUAACGUUAGUAGGUUUAGCUUAUCUACCCUCGAAGUUGAAGCUUUGGGGCACUAUACCUGGUACAUCAGGUAUGGACAGAGAGUUGGAUGAUGAGAACGUCCAGAUCCUGAGACAGAUGGGCACCUUCAGACGAAGGAAACCUACCAUCAAGAACAAACAUGUAUGACCGAGUCCGGCUGGCAGUCUGUGGGGCCUUAUAGUGUUAAUGUGGGGUUAUAUCAUGAGAGCUGAUGAGUUUUUAUGCACUAGGAUUAUAGUCCAAGAGCUGAUGAGUUUUUCACACUUGGAUUAUAGUCCAGUAGUUGAUGAGUUUUUCACAGUAGGAUUAUAGUCUAGUAGUUGAUGAGUUUUCCACAGUAGUAUUAUAGUCCAAGAGUGAUGAAAUUUUUACACGAGGAUUAUAGUCCAAGAGUGAACAGUUUUU